AUGUUUAAGUUUGAAAAUUAUGUCAAACAAAGAGAUUACACUUUGUAUAAACUAUCCGAAUAUAACACUCUUAUUAAAAAUACGGGAUUUGUUAAUGUAUUGGCCGAAGACAUCAACGAUAGGUUUGUCGACUCUCUUAACAGAGAACUCAAGAAACUUUAUUCCGGAAGAAAAGAGUUUUUAAAUGAGUUUAACGAUGAGGACUAUAAGGACUUAGAGGACGGUUGGGUCGCGAAGAUUAAACGCGCCAAAGAUGGUCACCAGACUUGGGGUCUCGUCAGAGCCUAUAAACCUAUUAAUUAA